UAAGUGCCUUCUUUACUGAAUCCCCUCACAGAGGAUAUCACAUUUGAUCUACUGCUGAGAUGACUUUGCAAUUCCAAGAUGUAUUUUGGGGAGUGGAUUUCAUCAGUAAUGUGGGAUAUGAGGCUCUCAUCCAGAGACUCUGUGAGGGUCGACGGAUGUGCAAAGACAUGGAGGAGCUCUUGAAGAUGAGGGCAUCCGCUGAAGAGAGAUAUGGCAAGGAGUUGGUGAUGAUUGCACGCAAGGCAGGGGGUCUCUGUGAGAUCAGCACUUUGAGAGCAUCCAUUGACCAACUCAAAGUCCAAAUUGAGAACAUUGGGAACCUGCACAUACAGCUCUCUGGGAUGUUAAAGGAAGAGGUCAAGAGUAUGGAACAGUUCAGGGAUCGACAGAAAGAGCAGAGAAAAAAGUUUGAAGGCGUCAUGGACAAGGUUCAGAAGAUGAAGGUGUCUAUAUACAAGAAAUCAAUGGAGUCUAGAAGGUCCUAUGACCAAAGGUGCAGAGAGGCAGAUGAGGCAGAGCAAGCUGCUGAGAGGAUGAGCAGUGCAGCCACCACCACACCCAAGCAGGCUGAAAGGAUGCACAACAAGUCUAAGCAGUGCAGAGAGGCAGCAGGAGAGGCAGAAAAACAAUACAUGUCAAACAUUGAACAGCUAGACAAGAUUCGCCAAGAAUGGGAAACCACACAUGAGAGCACAUGUGAGGUCUUUCAGCAGCAGGAGGGAGAUCGUAUCAACAUCCUAAGGAAUGCCAUCUGGGUCCACUGUAACCAAUUCUCAUUGCAAUGUGUCAAAGAUGAUGAGUGUUAUGAGGAUGUGAGGAAAACUCUAGAACUGUGUGACAUCACGGUAGACAACAACUGCUUUGUUGAGAUGAAAAGCACUGGCUCAAGUCCACCAGCUCCCAUUGUGUUUGAGAACUACUAUGAGAGGGAGCCCUCGACAGACACCAAUGGCAGUGCCCGCUUUGUAGGAGGAGUUAUGAAGAGGUUUUCAAACCUUUUGCAAGGCAACUCCUCGGCUGGCUCCAAAAUUAACGUCAAUGACUGUUCACAGCCAUUAGCCCCACCUACUGCCGACACAUCAGAUGGAGUGUACUCCUCCAUUCCUGGAUUUCAGCCAGUGGAGCCAACCAUCUCAGAGAGCAGAGAGGAGUACCAGGCGCUAUAUGACUAUGAGGCUCAGAGUGCGGGUGAGCUGUCCAUGUCUGCAGGGGAGACGGUGGUGGUCAUUGAGCAGGGUGUGGAUGGCUGGUGGACUGUGGAGAGGAACGGCGUGUCAGGACUGGUCCCUGGAUCCUAUCUGGCCAAAUAAUGAGCUCCUCUUGGCACAAGUAGUAAGGCUGGAAGGCCCAUAGCAUAGCCCUGCCCUGCAUAUGUCUUAGUUUGACUAUUUCCUCUAAGCCUAACAGUGUUGAUAAUGUUAGCUCAGUCUUGGCUACACUGUAUGUGUUGUUUAGUGACCUCACUGACCUGAGACCAUGGCUUUAUCUAAUGAUGGAGAUUAUUAACUUAUUUGUUGUCAAGAUGGAAAGAGAUGUGCACUUACCUGUUUUACUUUCCUCUCAAGUCAACAGGUACUACAGUUUGUGUUGUUGAACAAUCCUACUGUAGCCAGGACAGCUGCAAAAUAAAGCACUCUAGUUUUUACAUUUGGUUGAGUUGUCAACUAAGGUGAAUUCAAAGUGAAAUCAACAAAAAAAAUGUCACUGUCAUUGGAUUAAGGUUCAAAUAAAAAAUUCCCUUACAUUGA